CGUCGCAGCGCUUUUCGCCCGGUCGAAUUAGUUCGGAGCCGAAAAUAGGGGAAAAAAAUGGAGGACGACAGUAGUCAGGGGAGAGUGGAGAAAAGUUCGAGUUCCGUGACGCCGUUUUCCAUAAACGACAUUUUGAAAAACGAUAGAGACGAUGAUAGUGGCGACGAAGUACAAGAAUUGGCUUUAGAUAUGUCGAAGAACCAGAAAAAUAUGAACGUUUCGGAUCCGCUGGCGGACAUCGCUACCCUCCGCGACGGCUAUCCGCCGUCGCAGCGCCAAUCGGAGGAGGCGUCGCGCGACGCCGGCCAACCCAACCGCAAGAAGAGGUCGCGGGCUGCCUUCACGCACGCGCAGGUGUUCGAAUUGGAGCGCCGCUUCAGCCAACAGAGGUACCUCAGCGGUCCCGAACGAGCCGAUCUAGCCGCCGCGCUCAAACUCACCGAGACCCAAGUCAAGAUCUGGUAUCAGAAUCGAAGGUACAAAACGAAGCGGAAACAACUGCAAAUGCAGGAGUCGAAUUUGCUGAAUCAAAGCGCCAAACGGGUGGCGGUGAAAGUGCUGGUCAAGGACGAUAUACCGGUGUUCCUGCAGCAGAAGAGCCCGCUCUACCAGAAGUCCUACUACGGGGAGCAGGCGAAGGGGGAUUUUUUCAUGGUGCAGAAGUACCCGAAGAGCAUACAGGAGUCGAUGCUGAACCUGUGCCAGCAGUACUCGAAUUCCAUGCAGAUAUUCCCGUAUUUCAAUUACUACCAUCCGAGCUUGGUGGGGAACGUGAGCCAGCGGGAGGAGGUGGAUGGAAUGGAGGGCGGUAGAGAUGAGCAGAAUUAACCGGGGGUUUUUGAUUAUUUUUUUUUUUUGAUAUCGUAUAUCUAGUGACUCGGUGAGUUUGUAUAGUUUUAUCGAUUUAACUAUACUUUAUACAAGCAAUAGGAUCUCUUUAGAAAAUCGUAUAUUUUAUUUAUU